CUAUUCUUUAUAAAGAGUUUUAGUUUUCAUUCAACAUUGUGACAAAAUUAAUACAAGUUUUUGAUAUCUCACAUUUUGUAUUUUAUUUAAACAAUAUUAUUUUUACUUACCAUGUCUAAAAAGAUAAUUUCACAGACCGCCGAAAGGGUGCGCAGACUAUGCCGAAAGGCUGUUAAACCCUUGAUGAGUCCAUGGAAUAUGUCAAUGAGCUCGAAGGCUUCUGGUGUUGAAAUGUGCAGGCUCGAAAAAGGAAAUCCCUUGCCAUAUAGACUGUUAAGCCAGAAAUUGGAAUGCAUAAAGAAACGUUUAGAUGGUCCACUUACUUUAUCGGAGAAAGUUCUAUACUCUCAUAUUGAAGAUCCUAGCGGGCAGGAAAUUGAGCGAGGAAAAUCAUAUUUGUUGUUACGUCCCGAUCGAGUAGCACUGCAAGACGCAACAGCUCAAAUGGCGUUGAUGCAGUUCAUCUCAUCUGGAUUAAGUAAGGUGGCUGUGCCGUCAACGGUGCAUUGUGACCAUUUGAUUGAAGCACAAAAAUGCGGCGAGCUGGACUUAAAGCGAGCGAUUGAUAUGAAUAAAGAAGUAUACGAUUUCCUAGCUAGUGCAUGUGCCAAGUAUGGAUUGGGCUUCUGGAAACCUGGUAGUGGUAUUAUUCAUCAGAUUAUAUUGGAGAACUAUGCUUUCCCAGGACUACUGAUGAUAGGAACAGACUCUCACACACCGAAUGGGGGAGGUCUAGGUGGUCUCUGUGUUGGAGUAGGUGGAGCGGAUGCUGUAGAUGUGAUGGCUGGAAUGCCUUGGGAAUUGAAGUGCCCAAAAGUGAUUGGCGUUAAUUUGACUGGCAAAAUCAGUGGCUGGACUUCGCCUAAGGAUGUUAUUUUAAAAGUAGCCGAAAUACUUACUGUUAAGGGAGGAACGGGAGCUAUAAUUGAGUACCAUGGAAAGGGCUGUGAGUCCAUCUCUUGCACGGGCAUGGCAACAAUUUGCAACAUGGGCGCCGAGAUAGGGGCAACAACAUCAGUGUUCCCUUUCAACGAGAGAAUGAUAAGGUAUCUAUGUGCUACCGGAAGAGGAGCAAUUGCUGAAGAAGCUCAAAAGUUUAAAAAGUUAUUGGUACCAGAUGAGGGGUGUAAAUACGAUCAAGUUAUCGAUAUCGAUUUGGAUAAAUUAGAGCCCUUAGUUAAUGGACCUUACACACCGGAUUUGGCUCAUCCAAUUAGUAAGCUUGGGGAGAACUCUGAGAAGAACGGCUAUCCGAUGGAAAUUAAAGUCGGACUGAUUGGAUCAUGCACAAAUUCAUCUUACGAGGAUAUGGGACGUUGUGCCAGCAUUGCCCAGGAUGCAAUAGAUCAUGGACUUAAGACGAAAAUACCAUUCAAUGUAACUCCAGGCUCAGAACAAGUUCGAGCAACGAUUGAACGUGAUGGAAUUCUGGAAGUUUUUAACAAAUUUGGUGGAACUGUUUUGGCUAAUGCAUGUGGACCAUGCAUUGGGCAGUGGGAUCGCAAGGACGUGAAGAUGGGAGAGAAGAACACCAUUGUCACAUCGUAUAAUCGAAACUUUACCGGACGAAACGAUGCGAAUCCGGCAACACAUUGCUUUGUGACUAGUCCUGAGAUGGUAACCGCCCUCUCUAUUGUUGGAUGUUUAAGUUUUAAUCCAUUGAAAGAUGAAUUGACUGACAGUAAAGGAAAAAAGUUUAAGCUUAAGGAACCCAAAGGCGAGGAGCUCCCAGCAAAGGGAUUCGAUCCCGGUCAGAAUACUUACAGUCCUCCACCAAAGGAUACCAGAAGCAGCAAGGUUGUCGUUGAUCCUAAAUCGGAUCGCCUACAGCUUUUGCAGCCUUUUGAAAAAUGGGAUGGCAAAGAUCUAACCGAUCUCACAGUUUUGAUAAAGGUGAAAGGAAAAUGUACCACUGAUCACAUCUCAGCCGCCGGGCCCUGGCUCAAGUAUCGUGGACAUUUGGACAAUAUAUCGAACAAUAUGUUUAUUGGUGCUGUGAAUGCUGAGAACAACGAGAUGAAUAAAGUGAAGAAUCAGCGAAGUAAUGAUUGGGGAACAGUGCCCGAUGUUGCUCGAGACUAUAAAGCUAACAAAAUUAAGUGGGUUGCAGUCGGAGAGGAGAACUACGGAGAGGGUUCUUCCCGAGAACAUGCUGCACUAGAACCUCGUCAUCUUGGUGGAGUGGCAAUCAUAGUAAAGUCUUUUGCUCGAAUUCACGAAACUAAUCUGAAGAAACAAGGCCUACUUGCUUUAACAUUUGCCAAUGCCAGUGACUAUGACAAGAUCCAACCAAACAGCAAAUUAUCCCUACUCAAUCUUGCUAAGUUGACACCUGGAGAACCAGUCGAAUGCGAGAUUAAAACCGGGGGCAGUUCUGAGAAAAUAAAACUAAAUCAUUCGUUUAAUGCGGAACAGAUUGAAUGGUUUAAGGCUGGCAGCGCUCUAAAUCGAAUGAAGGAAACGUUGGCAAAAUCAAAAAAGUAAUUUGAAAUUUACUUUUGUUAAUGUGUUCCAUGUAAAUCGAUUGUGUUUUCGUAAUGCUGAAAUAUAUUUGUUAAUUUAUUUUA